AUGGAAGCUUUCAUGGCUUACGUUACACGUCAACGACGACCGUUCGAGUAUGAGCUUAUCCAGAUUGUACUGAAAGGACCUCGUCUUUCACAAUAUGAUGUAUUUUAUCGUUUAUCAUUUGCAUUACGUAUUUCAUUCGUCGAAAAAACUGUUAUUAAUAAAGCAGCGUCUCCCAUAGUAAAGCUUACAACAUCAACGUCGCCAUCCGUGAAAACGAUCGACGAAAAAUGGCUUCAUCCGGAUAUGACCAUGGACAAAAUUCAAAAAACAUAUGGAUCAGUCAGUGAAUUAAAAUUUGAAUUGCGUUUGAGAUAUUUUCCGCAACCCAUAGAAGCAAUAAUCCAUGAUAAAGCAACAUUUGCGUAUUUUUAUGAACAAUUACGCAUUGAUUAUCUACGAACAAAGUCGGAUCAUGGCACAACAAACGACGCCAUCGAACUUGGUUGUCUCGAAAUAAGAAAAUUAUUCAAAGAUUUAAAUCCUACCGCAUUAGAUAAGAAAAUAAAUAUUGAUUAUUUAGAAAAAGAAAUUGGAUUAAGAAAAUUUUUUCCGGAAUCAGUUCUUAAUUCUUACAAGCCUAGAUUAUUUCGUAAAUGUAUUAAAACUUGUUUAAAGAAAUACGAAGGACUUUCAGAAGAAGAAUGUAUGAAACGAUUUUGCUUCUUAUUGAAAGACGUAUGGAAUUAUGAACAAGAAUCUUUUACAUGUAAUCUUGGAGCUGAAUGGACAGUACCAAUUUACCUUAUCAUAGGUCCAAAUGAUGGAAUUAGUUAUCGAACACAAAACUCAACUAAGUCAACAAAAAUGACGUUGUUUGAAAAUAUACUGGCUAUUCUAACAACAAAAUCAACUGGUGACAAUCGUGGUUUAAUGAAAUUGACAAUUGCUGGAUCAGCUGAAGCUUUAACAUUUACUUUUCCAUCGCUGUUGGAUGCAAAUGACGUUGCUAUUUUGAUCGAUGGUUAUUGUAUGUUGAUUAAUAGCAAAACAAUAUCAAUAUGGCGAUCAGUAGACAAUGAAUCAAAUACGUCACGUUCGUGUGUCUCACCUCCACCAUUUUUGGCACCUCAUCCGCUUUUACCAAUAACUUCGUCAGAUCAUUUGAGUAAUAAGAAUAACAAUAGCAACAAUCAGUCAUCAUCUUCGUUUAUUGGACAACAUCACAGUUUUCUCCAGGAAGACGAAGAUGAUGAACUAAAUGGCGAUUAUGCGGCAAUAUUGGCUCCUAGCUAUCAAAUAGAUCGAAAACAAAUUCAGAUGAUCGAAGCACUUGGACACGGUCAAUUUGGCGAAGUUUAUCGUGGUAUUUUGAAGACUGAGCAACAAAUCGAGCUCAAUAUUGCAAUCAAAACGUGUAAAGAACAAGAUUCUUUAACUACCGAAAAAUUUCUUGAAGAAGCUUAUGUAAUGCAAAAAUUUGAUCAUCCACAUAUUAUCAAACUCAUUGGUGUUUGUACAACUCAUCCCGUUCUUCUGAUCAUGGAAUUAGCCAGAUUAGGCGAAUUGCGAUCAUAUUUGGUUGCCAAUCGCAAUGAUUUUGAUGUCAUUACAUUAUUAGUCUAUUGUCAACAACUCAGUUCGUCUCUAUCCUAUUUGGAGACGAAAAAAUUUGUGCACAGAGAUAUUGCUGCAAGAAACGUUCUUGUUUCAAAUCAUGAGUGUGUAAAAUUAUCAGACUUUGGAUUAUCAAGAGAAAUAGAUAACUCUUAUUAUAAAGCUAGCAAAGGAAAGCUAUUACCUGUAAAAUGGAUGUCUCCGGAAUCAAGUGUCUUUUUACAAAUGGCUGUAAUUUUGAUUGUAAAUGUUUUAUAUUGUUUCUCUGAAGGGAUACCAAAUUCGGAUGUCAUUGAUAAAAUAGAAAAUGGUGAAAGAUUACCAAUGCCAAGUCCACAUUGUCCUCCGCAAUUGUUUGAUCUUAUGAAAGAGUGCUGGCGAUACGAACCCUCUAUGAGACCGUCAUUUACACAAAUUGAAGAUAGAUUAAGAUUCAUAUUGAAAACUGAACGUUCAAACGAUAAUUCAUCUGUUCAAUUUAAAGAUCGAAUAUUACAGUCAUGGAGUGCUGAUUUUUUAAUAUUGCAACAUCCACCAUCUUUGGAUACAUCAGUUGUUCCUAUUUCUUCCUCAUCCUCAUCAUCAAUAUUAUUAACACCAACAACUGCAUCUGAAUCUCUAUCCAUUUCUCGCUCACAAUCCCCAUCGUUUCAUUCCGCUUCUUCACCAUCAAAUGACUCAUGUCCACCAAAACCUUCGCGAAUUUUAAAAAAAGAUCAUCUAUUGUUGAACAACAAAAACAGUCAUCCUUUUAACACCUCUGAUACACUACAAUUGGCAGCUUUAUUUUCUAGUAACAAUAAUAGUGGCUCUAAAAAUGAUAAUGAUUUACAUUCAAGAUCUAUAAAUAAUUCAUUUGGAAAUUUGUCAUCAUUGCGACGUUAUCAAACAAUGAACUCUCGUACUGGAAAUUCAUAUUUAAAACAAAUAAAUAAAGAAACAGCAUCACGAAGUUAUAUUGCUGAAAAUUUAAUCGAUUUAUUUCAUUCACAAACAAAACAAAUUAUCAGUACCGUAUUAACGUUAACACGUCAAGGAGACAGUGAUGAAACACAUGACAAACAACAAUUACAAGCAACAAAAGUCUAUGAUGAUAAAGAACAAAUGAUGCUUGUUAAAAAUAUAGCCAUUGCUGUUAGAGAUCUUUUACAAACGCUAGAUUAUGCACCAAGAGAAGUCAAAGAAAUGUCUGAACAACGUUAUAACCAUUUCUCAAAUUUGGUUGUAUCAUUAAUUGAAUCUGUUAGACAACGAGAAUAUCAAAAAAUGACUGAUUUUGCUGUUGAUAUUGCUAAAACAGCGAAAAAAUUAUUUGAUGAUAUUCUAUGUGUACUCAAAUUAAUCAAAUUAUCAUCGGCAGAAUAA